AUGGCUUCAAGUUUGACUGAUGAGGAAUUGCGCGCUGAACUGGUUGCUCUUGGUGUCACAGUUGGACCUAUAACACCAUCAACCCGUGGAACUUAUGAGCGGCAACUUUUGAAGCGUCGCACAAAGCCGCGUAGGUCGAAUGUUGGUGUAAAGACAAAACUGGAAAAUCCAUCAGAUCCAUCUAAAAUUUCGAAAAACUUCAUUUCUGCACCACCGGGCAUUCUUAACAUUUCGAGUAAUUAUCCACUCAAUGAUGUGAAACGAUCAUCUCCACAAAAGGUGUAUAAUAACAGGCAACGACGUGAAUUUGGGAAUAACUUGAAUGCCAGUUUUACAUUAUCUGAGUCCACACUGCCAAAACCAUUUGAUAUGAAUCGAAUAAAAGUGGAAACAGUUUCGCCAAGCAGUACAUUUAGAGAAACACUUUUUCCUAACCCAAAAACAACCAGUCAUGAAACAUUGUCUUCCUCGGUCAUUGAUGGAUCACGAAUGAAAGCUUCAGCUUAUGAUCGUUUUGCAUCGUUCCCAUAUAAGACUGUUCCUAGAUCCCCAAUGAAACAAACUCACUUGGCGUAA